AUGCCUAUUAAUUACAACCGUGGUAACGUAAGGAAAAUUGCAUUUCGUUCAAGAGGACGAUCUGCACAAUCGCUAGAUAUUGGCGUACCACCAAGGGUUGACACAGGUGCUAGUGGCGAUGGGCGCUUAUUUUUACAAAUCAGACCUGCUUUUGCAGAUCCACGAGCAGCUUUUGUUCAAAGAUCAAACACACUGUUAUCUAGCAACGAUUACAUACAAAAACAGGAUGAAAAGGAUGAUACAAUCAGCUUACAGGCAGUGGGAGGAGGUAAAGUACAGUUAUCAAGAACCCCUCAAGAGAAAGAUAGAUUACCGGAUAGAAUAACACUGGAUAGACGAGGAUUAUCAUCCAUUCCACAUAUUGUGGGCGAACCGGGGCUUAGGUUAUUGUCGUUGCAACACAAUUUGAUCAAUAGCCUCACGGGGCUGUCGCCUCUUGAUCUGGGAAAAUUAGUAUUUCUCGAUCUGUAUGACAACCAAAUAGACAAAAUCACGUGUUUAGAACGGCUUUUCAGCUUAAGAGUUUUGCUCAUGGGAAAAAAUAGAAUAAGGAGAAUAGAAGGACUUUCAAAUCUUGUAAAACUAGAAGUGUUGGAUUUACAUGGAAAUAGGAUUACCAAAGUUUCUGGUUUAUCCAGUUUGUUUGAACUGAAAGUACUGAAUUUAGCUGGAAAUCAAAUCAAAUACAUUGGCCAAGUCGAUUUGCAAGGACUUGUGUCAUUAAGAGAACUAAAUUUAAAAAGGAACCGCUUAAGAAAAUUACUCGGAUUUCAGAAUACACCUAAAUUGCAAAAACUGUAUCUGGGUAAUAACGAUUUGCAAAGUGUUGAAGACGUAUCAUCUCUAGCCGAAGCUACUUUGCUCAUUGACAUUUCUUUGGACGGCAAUCCUGUAGCUUUAGGUGGUGAUUGUACACCAUUUCUUGUAUCAUAUUUGCCAAAUUUACAAACAUUGACAAACAUGAAUGUGACAGAACAAGUCAGAAGUGCAGCAAUGGCUUGGCGUAGUAAUAAAGAGGCCGCCCACGCAGCUUACUGUGCUCUAGGUGGAACAGCACCACAAGCAGCUCGACGCGACCAAAUUAUACACAAUGCUCGUACAAACUGGGAAUUACUUAGGUCAGAAAACAAAUGCUUUGCUGCAACUAUGAAUGCUGCUAAAACAGACGAUUUCGACAGAGAAUUUGCUUUAGGUGUGACAGCUUCCCCAUUAAGCGGUAACCAUACAAUGGAUUUAGCUGCACUCCCCGAUGUUGUAGUACAAUUACAGCAAGCAGACACAGAAGAUUCAGACUUCAAGAAUAGUAAUAGCGAUACAAAUCUUAUAAUAAAUACGGAAAGCAUGUCAAAAACACCAAUAAAAAAGCUACAAAGAAGUACUACAGCUAAGAAUACAAUAUCUGAGAGACGUGUGAACUUCUCAGAUAGAAGUGCAUCUCAAGAUACUGAUGCUUCAACCUCUACAAAUAGUGACUUGAAACUACCACCAAUUUUAAUACCCAUAAUAUCAUCAUUAGAAAACGUUAAACUAUCAGAAGGCAGUGAGCCAAUAUUAAAAAGAUGGGAAAGUAUAUCUAGCGUAGAACCCAUAGUCGAUUCGUCAUUUAGCUCUCUUCCGUCUUCCACUAGCGAAAGUGAAGACGAACCAAAAAACCGGCAAGUUAGACGCGUUCCAACUGCUUUAAGGAGACGAGAAAAUUUUGGUACAAUGAGAUCGAAAUCUGUAUGUGACCCAGAAAGCCGCAAAGUCAAGGCAAAUUCUAAGAAUUCUGAUAACAGUGAAAACGCGAGCAACAUAUCGAGCAGCACUAAUGUCGGGUCGGUAGCAACAUCGUCUACGUCAGGAAGUGAUCAAAACAGUAAAUGUUUUAGAAGAGAAGGUUCUUUGAAUAGUCGAAACGGUAGUAGAAAUAUAAGAAGCGCUACUAUUACACGAAGGAGCGAAAGGGCUUCUUCGGCUAAUAGAGCUUCUACAGCACGUGCUAAACCCGGUAAAAGCUUGGCAAGUUUAAAAUCCUCUGAACCAGUUCCUAAACAAAUGCCUGCAUCUAAAGAUAGAGAACAAGGCGUAGAUUAUUUGGUUGAACUAAGUGAUGGCACGGUAAGUGCUUGGGGAGCUGGUGCGGUUCGUCGUCUCGCUAGAGACUGGGAAUGGGAAAAAGCGCGAACAGUCUCGCGAGCAGCUUUCCAUUACGUUCACUUCAACGCAGUGGCACAAUCGCUGCCAGAGCUGAAAUCAAAAUUCCCAAAUGUUACCCAUAUAUCAGUGCGAGCGACGGGUCUUCAAUGGCUCGGUCAAUUACAUGCCUUAGCUGAGUUGAGAGGAUUAACGGGUCUAACGGUACUACCUGAAGGCAACCCCAUUAAUUCCAAAACUUGGCGCGAAUACGCAGUAUACAGGCUGGCUCAUUGGGGCUUAAAGGAGAUAAACGAAGAAUUGAUUACAGAUGAAGAAAUCAAAUCUGCUAAUCAAACAUUUAACGGUCUCAGUGAUAUAGUUCUCCGGGCGCUCCCUGAUGCACCGUUGCAGCCAUUAUUAUCGCGUCUAGGACGAAGCGGCAACAGCACUGUUAGUGCAAAAGCUUGGCUAAGAGCGGCAGAUCCUGCACUGCGGGACGUAAUAGCAAAAGAAGCUCUUCAAUUCAAAAAAGGACACGUGUCCCAAGAGGACAUGAGUUGGCGAGUCCGCGGACGUGGCCAGCUGUCACAUACAAUUCAACUGGCAUGCGGGGCCGCACAGCGUUUGCGAGUACUCGAACUACAAUGGCCAUCGAUAUUAGUGGAAAUGAUUGAAGAAAUAUUGAAAGAUUUCUCUGACAUGGAAACCCAUGUUAAAGAACAGAUGCGAAUGCUCAUAGACACUUUAUAA